AUGACCGGAAGAGAAACAACCUGCGGAUCUGAUGAUAUGCAGCAUCAUUUAAUCGACCGAGAUUUUCCUGGCACUAAAGCGCUGGCUCAUCAGGGUCACCUACCGUUAACGCCGCCUGCCACUGCGGAACGAUCUCGACACAAUACAGACUCGUCCAACGCAAGCGCGCUAAUUCGUCUGCUUGAAGCACGUAAAUCCCAGAACCAGGCCGACCACGCUACCACUUGGCUCCAAGUUCCAGUCGACCAAGAGUCCUAUGAAACCAAUCGGGAAAAAAUCAGUCAAAUAUUCAGGCGAUUCGAUUACGACCCGAACCGCGGCUUGCUUCAGCUCCGAAUGCCUUCCACUAUCCAUGAUUUCUUCGCGAGCACCCUUGGCCACGACUUGAUGGCUCAAUUGAAAGAACUCGGCAACAAAGACGGCCAAGCAGCCGCUUUUGCUUCUAAAAUUAGAUUAGCAGCAGGAUCUAAAGUUAUACUCGCAGAAGGUGAUUCUGAGUCCUUCAAGGAUAUUCAACGCUCGCCUGACAUGCAAUUGCGACAUAUACAUGCCGAAUACCCCGGCGUCGUAAUAGAAGUGUCCUACUCGCAGGAUGGCAAAAAACUAAGGAAGCUUGCCCAGGACUACAUCCUAUAUUCCAACGGAGACAUCAAGGCAGUCAUUGGUAUUGAUAUAAGCUAUCGAUCUAAAGAGGCCUUUGUUUCGCUCUGGCGCCCGAAGAUUACAUAUGUAGAAGACGAAGAUAUCAAGGAUCUGGCUCCCGACGAAGUCAUUUCAUAUGAGAUGUUUCGAUCUCCCGAUGGACGCGCAUGCAAUGACGAGAAGAAUUUAAACCUGACCCUCGGCGACUUUGCAACUAAUGCCCUGUCUGCUGUUGAUUACGAAUCUAUACCAAUACAUGUUUCCUUUAAAAAUCUCUUUGACAUUCUUGAAGAAUCCGACGAGCUAGGACGAGCAGAAGGGGCCAAUGUAGCAGAGAGGCGAGCCAAAUCACAAGGAGCGAUGAGGAAGCGGAGACUAUCAUCCAGCUCUGCAGAACAGCUGUGUUCGGAAGACGAAGAAACAUACGCCCAUCUAGAGCAGGCUGUACUAGAUCGAGCUGAACGGGACGAUGGGGACUAUCAAGGGCGGGCGAUGAAGCGAAGAGGAUAA